UGCAGAGGCAUUAGUUCGACCGUACGUAGAUGUAUUGAAAAGGAAACUGGCAAAGAGUUUGCCGCCAAAAUUAUUGAUUUGGGUGCGGGCACCGAAACCGGCGAUACCAAUCCCUAUCAUAUGCUAGAAGCAACAAGACAAGAAAUCUCAAUACUACGACAAGUUAUGGGACAUCCAUAUAUAAUUGACCUACAAGAUGUUUUUGAAUCUGAUGCUUUUGUUUUUUUGGUCUUUGAAUUAUGUCCAAAGGGUGAACUAUUCGAUUAUUUAACUUCGGUAGUAACAUUGUCGGAGAAAAAGACACGCACUAUAAUGAGACAAAUAUUUGAGGGUGUUGAGUAUAUACACUCGAAAAAUAUUGUACAUAGAGACUUAAAACCUGAAAAUAUUUUAUUAGAUGAAAAUCAUAAUGUUAAAAUUACGGAUUUUGGUUUUGCGAGGCAGCUAAAAGAAGGCGAAAAAUUAACGGAUCUUUGUGGCACUCCCGGCUAUUUAGCUCCUGAAACCUUAAAAUGUAAUAUGUUUGAGGGUAGUCCUGGUUAUGGCCAGGAGGUGGAUAUCUGGGCCUGUGGUGUUAUUAUGUUUACUUUACUAGUAGGUUGUCCUCCAUUUUGGCACCGCAAACAAAUGGUUAUGUUGCGUAAUAUUAUGGAGGGCAAAUAUAGUUUUACAUCACCAGAAUGGGCUGAUAUAUCGGAGGAUCCCAAAGACCUUAUACGUAAAUGUCUAGUCGUUGAUCCUUCUCAGAGAAUAACUGUACAGGAAGUAUUACAUCAUCCAUUCUUCAAUCAAAUGUUGUUCGAGCAAAAUAUUGACGGUCUAAAACGCAGUCUUUCCACCAAGUCUAGGAGAAUGAGUCGCAUCACUGAAAUAGCACUGCAACAAUACUGUGGACAAACGGCACCUAAUUCCUCAAUAUUCCUAACACCGGCUGGUCCGGCUCAAAGUAAUAAUCAUCAACAACAACAACAACAACAACCAAAUAACUCCUUAAUGUCUUCUAAUCAAAGCAUGUUUUGUGCUACACAAGUACCUUCAAACUCUACAUCUAUACAAAAUGGCAAUUUUAUGGAUUAUAAUAAUGUCUCAGCAGCAGGCGUUAGUACACCGGGUUAUUAUAAUAUGGCUACUACUCCUCAACAAAAUCAACAACAUCAUCAUAAUCAUCAUCAAUUAUCCUCCACGUCUCAAUUGUCUAAUAAUUGUUCUGUUGCAAUAACAUCAUCUGAAUUUAAAUAUCCCCAGGCAGGUUUUUUUUCUUUUCUUUUUUUUACUUUCUAUUAUUAUUUAAAAAAAUAUCAUUUUCUGGCCGGUUUUUUUUUCUAAAACAAUUUAGCCUUA